ACUUAAUUAACCUUUGUCCCUACAGACUACUAUUUAUUUCUAUUUCAGCGCUAAAAGCAGGAUGCAGUUAUGACUGACCAAGGAGGCGCAAUAGGGAAACAUUUUCUAUAUGGUAUGAAGGGCCACACAGAUUUAAGUAUAGUUCAUUGUGGCUUAGCUUCAUGAUUUGAUGUGAAUAAGCCACAUGGUUUACUUGCCGGUUCUUAGAACUGCUGCGAUGCAAGAAAGCAUUGCAUGCAGCAGCUAGCAUAGUGCACUUGUACCUAGAAUUUUUUGCUCUCCUGGUGACUUUUGCUAGACAAGGCCGAAACUCACUUGGUGCCUGUUAGAUAGCUUUAAUUCCAAACUCUUGUUAAAAAAAAAAAGAAAAAAAAAAGGCAUUAAUUUCUUUUAUCUUGGUGUUUGCUCAGUGAGAAUUGCUACGUUCUCUUGGUAUGAUGACCUGUCUUCUUAGUCUUGAUACUCUUAUUCUUUGUAUCCCUAGGAAAUUUGUCUUUGGCCAGGAAUUCUUUGUGUCAUUUCUUGCUAUUGUCAUACGUGUCAACAUAGUGUUUCCAUCUUCUCUGCAGUUUCCAUCUAUAUUUGGCAGUUAAUAGAAAUCUUAGCUGCCCCUGGUCUUGUAGUAUGUUGUUCCUGGGAGAAAUUAGUUAUCGCUCUGGUGAUUUUUAUUUCCUGUUUUAUUCUUUUGGGUGAAUUGUGUGUUACAAAUAUGUUUUAGUUGGUAGUUAUAUCUUUUGUGAAGUUCCCUGCGAACUCUUUAGUCCAUUUUCAUAAAAUUGCUGUGGACAUUGCACUUGGGGACUUCCUGCAUUUGCUAGAAUCAAUCUUGUUUGUUCGUUAACCAACUUUAGGGUUCAAAAAGUUUUACAGAGAUAUGAAGUGGGUGAAUUAGGAGGGAUCACUGUGGAAAUAACUGAGCCAACCUGAGAUUCGUCAUUUUGCAUAUGCAAAAGGUUCUAAUUCCUUUGAAUUUAGUGUCUGACGAAAGCAUUCUUGGCAAAAGCUGCUGCACGUCCUUUUCUUUCUUGCAUCAUUUUACACCAAAAGCUUAACGGCUGCAAAGUGGCCGAUUCUUUUUGCAGUACACAAUUUCUAGCUUGUGCUUUGAACUUUGCUGCGCUUAAUUUCUGUGACUUUGUACAAUUCUGUCUCAAAUAUGAAAUGUGAUGCUGUAAACUUAUGCAGUUUCUAAAAUGUUUUUCUUGAUCUUGUCAGUUGAGGAACCUCUUAUCUGCAACAUCAAAACAUGAUGUGUAUCUGAUGCAAAACUAUUCUGUAAUGCACUGGUCAUCGCUGCUGCGAAGAGGCAAAGAAGUACUGAAUGUGGCUAAGCCAAUGGUGCCAUCGCUGGUUAGUUUGUAAAUGUCUCAUAUUUUGUCCUUUCUUUAUGAGUCAUGUGGUCAUUUCUUAGCUCUCUGACAUUGGUUGUUCAGCAGAAGUAUCCAGGGUCAAUGGCCCAGCCAGUUUCCAGAGUUCAGAUAAGUGCGAUGUCCAUCAAAGACAAUUUGAUGGCUGCUGGUGGCUUUCAAGGGGAACUAAUCUGCAAGUACCUAAACCAACCUGACGUUGCUUUCUGUACCAAAAUAACCACUGACGAGAAUGCCAUCACAAAUGCUGUUGAUGUAUGCAACAGUCCAGAUGGCCAACUAAGAGUUAUGACAGCAAAUAACGAUGCUCAAGUUCGGGUUUUUGACACCAGCAACUUUACUUGUAUAAGUCGAUUCUCAUUUCCUUGGUCAGUGAAUAAUACUUCUGUAAGCCCAGAUGGCCGAUUGCUCGCGGUCCUUGGUGAUAGUGCGGAAUGCUUAAUAGCUGAUGCUCAAUCAGGAAGAGUAGUUGGCACAUUGGAGGGGCAUCUGGACUACUCAUUCUCUUCAGCUUGGCAUCCAGACGGAAGGAUUUUAGCGACUGGGAACCAAGACACCACUUGCAGAAUAUGGGAUAUAAGGAACCUAUCAAAGUCAUUGUCUGUACUCAAGGGUAGAAUGGGAGCAAUCAGGGCCAUACGUUUCACAUCAGAUGGCCGAUUCAUGGCCAUGGCUGAACCAGCUGAUUUUGUUCAUAUCCUUGAUACACGUUCAGAUUACGCUCACACCCAAGAAAUUGACUUGUUUGGUGAAAUAGCUGGGGUCUCCUUUAGUCCUGACACGGAAUCCCUCUUCAUUGGGGUUGCAGAUAGGACCUACGGCAGCUUACUGGAAUUUAAUCGAAGACAUUAUAAUAACUACUUGGAGUGCGUCUUUUAGAGCACUCACAGGUUAUUUCAGGAGUAAAUAUAUGAACUUUUGUAUAGAUGACAAAUUUUGAACUGUAUUGCGAACAACUACUGGCCGCUGAGUAGGUGGAUAAUGCCUAUAUAUAGGUCUACUAGCCGGUGAGUAGGUGGACGAUGGAUAUAGGUUAUCUUUUUCUUUUUUCUUUUUUCCUUUUUUCUUUUUUUGUAUUUUGAAAGUGCGGAGUUCGGAUGCAAUGGCAGCAAGAUUCAGGUAGUCCAAGCUGAUGAUUGUGUGUAUAUGAAGCAUUAUUUUUCAGAAGGUGUAUUCCGAUGAUGAUUGUAUCAAAAGAUUUGCAGAUAUGGCUUGAUGCAUCUGUAUAGUUUUGAGUUUGAUUCCUUAAUGUUUUCCAAGGCGCCUGCUUUUGUAACAGCAUUUGUGGGAUGAUUUGGUGCUGCGGUCCUGAAUUUUAAGACCAAAGUGAAGUAGGCAGAACUUCUUCCAUGAGGAAGAACCCUGUUAACCACGGCAGAUUUUAUGCUUCUACUUCAGCCAUUUUUUUUUUUUUUUGUGUGGAAAGGAGCCAAAGUUACCUGUAUGGACAACCCUAUGAAUCUAAUGGUUCAAUUUUACAUUUUAG